UCUUAUGACGUAUAUUGUUGGAACCAUUCUCCCAAAUGAAAAUUUCCGGAACAAGAUAGGUUCUUCGGAAAUUAAAAAUGGAAUGUCAGUCAUUGUCAAAUAUCGAUUAUACCAUACACUGCUGGUUUAUAAAGUCUGUAGUUUCUUUAUCUUGGUUUCUUUUUUAUGGUUUGAAUAAAUCAUGAAUGAAUCAAAUUUAAUCCGGGUUUAUGAAGGUAAUUCAAUGGCAGAAAUCUACCACAAGUAUCGGCCAUCGUAUCCGCCAAUCGUGCCACAGGCUAUUAUGGAAUAUUUGAGUGAAAAAGUGGGCUCAGGCCCACAAAGCAAGAAGUUUGAAAAAAUGUUAGAUGUUGGCUGUGGCACCGGGCAAUCUACCUUCAUAUUUGCCCCAUUUUUUCGCUCAAUAUUAGGAAUCGACAUCAGUGAAGCUCAAAUAGAAAAGGCGAGAGAGAUUAACGAAACAGAAAAUAUAUCUUUUCAACUUGUUAACGAUCAUAGAUUUCCUGUUGAAGACAACAGUAUCGACUUGGUGGGUUGUGGAACUGCUGCUCACUGGCUCAACAUGCCGAAGUUUUUAGAAGAGUGCAAAAGAGUCUUAAAGCCAAAUGGUUGCUGCGCCAUCUACGUCCCUGCAUUGAAAGGCAUCAGUAAUGUUGAACAGGAAGGCGCAGAGAAACCAGAGCUGCAUUCAAGUUUGAUUGAUAUAAAAGAUAUCGUUUACAGAUUUUUUCAAAACGUUCAUGCACACGACAGGAACUAUGAAUGUUAUAAUGGCUACAUAUCCAUUUACGAAGAAAUUCAACAGGACAACAAGCAAUGGUUAAAGAGGCUUAAACAUGAGAUGCUUUUAACGUUGCCGCAAUUCAAAGCAUUAGGUUCGAGCAUUGGUGAUUACCAUAUUUUUAUGGAAAAAGAGAAACCAUCAAUUGAUCCGCUUGACGUUUUUGCAAGCGACAUUAAGAGAGCUCUUGGAAGAGAGAAUGAAUCGGAUGACGAUGUAAAACUGGUUCUCAAGCUUGAAUAUAAAGUUAUCGUCUGCACAAAGCAGUAGUUAAUGGAUUUAGUAAUUUAAUAUAAUUUGGAACCAAAAUUUGAAUGACUUGAGUAGUUGACGUAACAUUUUUGUAUAUAGACCGUGUAUUUUCAAUAAAAUUUGCUUUCACCACAACUAAAAGAGUGUAUCUCAAAUUUCGUAUCGUCGGACUGAGGCGCAAACGUUACGAAGGACGAAUUAUUUGAAUAAAAACUUGAAAAAAUGCAAAUAUAAAGCGAUUGUUUAGUUAUGAAUAAAAAUAGUGUCGGAGAGAUUAUAAUAUUAGUUUUGAUUCCCAGUCGAAAGUAUGCUGCUCUAAUUCAUAACAUUUUAAUAAUAUGAUCUAUAGUAUACUAAUUGUGUUUGAAAGUAAUCUUUGCCAGCGAAACUCUGAACACACGAUUGAUUUUUCGUCUGGUGCAGUUCAUUCGUGAUAGGUUUGGUAUAUAUAUAUAGACUGUUAUACAUGGAGAUAUAUUCGCAAUAAUGAUGAAGUACAUUUGACCCUACAUUUGAAAUUUCAAUACCUUCUCAAUAAAACAUCAAAACCUAAAAUCGAUUCUUUGGUCUGCAGUGCAUAAUAUGCCUCUAAUAGUUCAUUGCCAUAUUAUUUGUUGCAUAAUCAGCUAGUACCAGAUUUACUGUGACAUACAUAUAUGUGUAUGAAAAUGGAGCGUUGUUCAUGUUGUGGUAGAGAUUUUUUUUAAUUUUUACGCAGGAGAAUGUCAAUUUUCGGGCUUGUGGCUUCUGUGGGAUACUUUUUUGUGUGCGAUUUUGUCCACUGUGAC